AUGGUCUUACGAGAAUUCUUCGACGCCAAGAAGGAGAAGCUCGACGCAGGCUUCGAGAGUCCCGAUGCCUUCGAGAAACAACAGGAUUGCUUAUCCUGUCGAGUAUUAGGCUCAACGGCGUUCGUGUCUUUGGGUGGCUAUACUUAUUUCUCCGGCAUGCAGCAGCUCCGAGCCCAGCGAACAGCCAUCGAACUCAGCAAGUCGAAAUACAAGUACGGUUCCCGGCAGUUGGGUAUUAUCACCCUGUCCGCCACCUUGGUCAGUCUGGGGUUCUACCGAAUGCUCAAUUGA